AUGAGUGCAACAGCCAAUAAGCUUGAAGUCGGCACUGCAUCUUGCUCCACCUCCCUGUUGUCUCCCUGUACGGCAUAUUUCCGGCAGUCCUUGCGGUAUUAUCCAAAGCACAUUAAGGAAAUCAAGUGGAAUGUUCCACUUUCACCAACUGUGCCAAAAGAGUUCCAUUUUAAUUGUAAAUGCCGGCCGCCAAUGAUGACUUCAGAAGACAAGAGGCUAAAGAAUCGUAGGCUGAAGGUCAAUAUAGCUGAAUUCCCUGUUCUUUCCCCAAAUACCUUAGCAUUCAGCAGCAGAUUACGGUCGUACACUCAUGCAGAGGUCUGCGAAGGACGAGGCGAAGAAACGGGAAAUUCGUCAAUGGAAAGGAUCUCUAUGAUUGGCUGUGGGAAAGAUAAACUUAAAAAGGGGCCUGAUUUCAUCCUUAGUCGCAACGCUCGUGAAGUUGAAGGCCGAUCAAAAAAGCUUGGCCCUUUUGCAUUUAUAAUUAAAUCAGCAGCUAUAAGGGAAAUGCAGGAUGAAAAAUACGCUUGA